UAGGUACAGAGAGAACACUACAAUUCGACCGAUGGAGAUCACGAGCAGCACGAUGGUGAAGCCGGCAUACGCCGUGCCGCACCCGCUCGUCGGCGAGAUGGUCCCGCUGACCGUCUUCGACCGCGCCGCCCUGGACAUCUUCGUCCCCACCGUGCUCGCCUACCGCGCGCCGGCGCCGUCCAACGAGGCGCUCAGGGAGGGCCUCCUCAAGGCCGUCGCGCCGUACCCUCACCUGGCGGGCCGCCUCGCCCUCAACGAUCAAGGCCGGCGCUUCCUUCACGUCAACAACGAGGGCGUGCUCCUGAUCGAGGCCACCGUCCCGGUCGACCUGGCGGACGUGCUCGUCGACGGCCGCAUGGCCGCAGGCGUCGAGGAUAUCUACCGGAGGUAUUAUUUGCUGGGUUUUGCUUCUGUCACGACUCACGUCACGUGCCUUCACAUCGCGCUCAUGCAUGCAUGGACUCUGCACAGGUGCUUAUAUAUUUUUUAUUUUACUUUGCCUACACAGGAGAACAUUGGGGCGGCGCUGCUGCAGAUCCAGCUGAACAGGUACAAGUGCGGUGGCCUCGUGGUCGGCAUAUGCUCCCACCAUCAAGCCGCCGACGGCCACUCCAUGAGCAUGUUUUUCACCGCCUGGGCAACCGCUGUACGCGAGGGAAAGGACUUCACCACGCCGGCCCCAUUCCUCGACCGUGCGAGAACGUCCGUGCCUCGAAGCACGCCGACGCCGGUGUUCGACCACCGGUCACGGGAGUUCACGUGUGGAGACGGAGACACCUAUGCCGUCGUCCCCAUGGACAGGAUCAGAAACCUCACUCUGCACUUCACGGCCGAGUUCGUCGCCGACCUCAAAGCCCGUGUCGGCGCCCGCUGCAGCAGGUUCCAGUGCCUGCUCGCGCACGUCUGGAAGAAAAUCACGGCGGCGCGGGACCAGAAGCCGGAGGAGUUCACCAAGGUGAGGGUGGCCGUGAACUGCCGGGGCAGGGCCGACCCUCCCGUGCCAAUGGACUUCUUCGGGAACAUGGUGCUCUGGGCUUUCCCAAGGCUUCAGGUCAGGGACGUCCUGAACUCGAGCUACGGCAGCGUGGUCGGCGUCAUCCGCGACGCCGUGGCGCGCAUCGACGACGAGUACGUGCAGUCCCUCGUGGACUUCGGCGGGGUGGCGGACACGAACGGGGAGGAGCUCUUCGCGACGGCGGCCACGGCCGGCACGAUGUUCUGCCCGGACGCAGAGGUCGACAGCUGGCUGGGGUUCAGGUUCCAUCAACUCGACUUUGGCACCGGGGCACCGUCCGCUUUCAUACCGCCGGACUUGCCUAUCGAGGGGCUCAUGGUCUUUGUGCCGUCGUGCAAGGCGAACGGCGGCGUCGACCUCUUCAUGGCCGUCGCGGAGGAGCACGUCGCCGCGUUCGAGCAGAUCUGCUGCUCGUUCGAUUGAUCGAGAUUUAUGAUCUUGUAGUAGCUAUAGUAUAGCAGCCAUCCCAGUGGCGCUAUUAUUGCAGGAGUUUCUGUUUUGCAAUGCCUUUUCAUGUAAUGUAAUAUAUGAAUUUUAUGCUUCAGAAGCGUGUGCUGGCUGUUAUAUUUGUAGAGAUUUAUUUGUUCUCAAAAGAGGAGUAAAUGAAAUCGUGGGCUUGACUGUUAAUCUGAUUUUGAUGGUUGUAGGGUUGUUUAGUUGCAUCAUAAGACGUUAUUUCUGAAUUGAAAUAGGCCGGUACG